AUGACCGGCUCACAUAAUAACCACGACGAUCAGGCCUCCACCAACUACAAGGAAGCGUUCUCCCUCUUCGACAAGCGCGGCUCCGGCAAGGUCUCCCUAGAGUCCCUUGGUGACCUCCUGCGCGCAUGCGGCCAGAAUCCCACCCUCGCUGAGAUCGCCGAUCUGGAGAAGAGCCUCGGCGGAGACUUCGACUUCGAUUCUUUCGUGAAGGUUCUCAACCGUCCGGGCGGCUUCCGCGACCCUGGCGAAGCCGAGGAGUACUGUCGUGGAUUCCAGGUGUUCGAUAAGGAUAUGACCGGAUUUAUCGGGGUCGGUCAGCUUCGAUACAUUCUCACGAACUUGGGCGAGAAGAUGUCCGAUGAAGAAGUCGAUGAGCUGCUCAAGGCCGUCGAUACCAGUUCGGGUGAGAUUAACUACACCGAUCUCGUUCGCACGAUCCUGGCCAACUGA